GAUACUUAACCCUAAAUAGCAACAUCUCACGCGUCAAGACACAGGCUUAGCUUGACUGCAGGACUUCAGCGGCUGAGUGUGACGUGACGAGGAGGGGAAGCAGGAAUCCCCCCGCUGCCCACAUUGAAUUGCAAGGAUUUCUUCAUUGUUCACAGAAAGUCCUAUUCUGAGUGGCCAUGACUAGAUACCAUAACCCCUCAAGUGCUCUUAUACUCCUGUUCCUUCUAAUAGCGGGAUCCAUUCUCCAUUUGUCCACCUCCAAUCCUCUCAGCACCUUUGGAGGUAUUGACAAAUACAGAACUACUCCAGGGCUGACUGUGUCUGAAGAUAGGGAUAGAGGGGGUGACGAAAGCCAAUUAAUCCAGAAACAAGAAGAAGCAGAGGAAGAAGAGCUUUUUAAAAAUGUUGAUCCCAAAAAACUAGCAGCAGUUUUACUAGAGGCUUUGAAUCACUCACAAGUAGAACAAGGGAGGGAGGGAGAGGGGCAUGAAGGAAUGGAAAAAGAAAAAAAGGUAGAGAGAGAAAAGGAUAAAAAAGAAGAUGCAAACAGAGAAGUGAGAACAAUAGAGGGAGCAGACAGAGACAGAGAUGGGCGACAAGAGUUAGAGCUGCUCAUGGCUGCCCAGGGGAAGGAGCAGGAAAGGGGGGAAGAAGAAGAAAUGAAGAAAGCCUGGGAAGAAGAGAAGAUGACUGAGAAGGUGACCAGUCAUACCACAAGCCAGACAGUCCAAAUCCUAACAAAGAAGCAGCCCACCAGCUCAGAUGAAACAGGAGAUAAUGGGCAGAGUGCUGGUCCCCAGCAGGGAUCAACCAGCCUUGAUCAAGCCAGCAGUGAAGAGGAGGAACAGCUGAGCCCUGAGGAGUUAAAAAGUCUCGAGAUGAUGAUGAAGGAAUUUCCUCGUGUAAACACGAUAUCUAAGAGAGAGGGAGAACAAAGCUACAGAGAGGAGAGAGAUUACAACAGCUACAAUGACAUCAUACCAAUAAAUAAAGGCAGUGAUCUUGCUAUGACUAAGAAAAAACUUAAAUGGCAAGAAGAAACACAGAAAGCCCUCAGCUUCCCAAAAUUCAGGGGGGACAAUUUCAUGGAUAAAGUUGAUGACAGUAAUUAUGGCAGUAAUGCAGUAGACCCCCAAGCUCUAGCAGAACAGAUUAUGGAAGAUGAUGAACCAGAGGAGGAGGAAGAUGAGAAGAUGCUGAGUCCAGAAGAAGAGGAGGCUCGGGCCAAAGCAGAGCAGGAGGAGAUGAGGAGGCAGGCAGCUGAAGCACAACAAGCCAAGAUGGAGGAGGAGAAGCUAGCUGACAUUGCCUCAGAUAUGCUGCUGCAGUACAUGGUCAAACAGAAUAAUGGGAACAAACACUACAGCUUGUCUCUGCCCAAUGCUGCGGAGGAUAAGAGAUCUGAUGAGGAACAGGAAAUCACAGAGGAAGAUGAUAUUGAUCCUCAGACAAUUGAUAAGUUGAUUGAGAUCUCCAGCAAGCUCCACCUCCCUGCUGAUGAUGUGGUCGACAUCAUUAGUGAUGUGGAGAAGAAGAAGAAAGACUUGUCGCCUGAGAUGAUGUCACGCUGGCAACGACCCACUAUGUCUUCACCAUUUUCAUCUACAGCACAGAUUUCAAGCAAUCAGAAUAACAUGCCAAUCGCUAAGCUACCAUUUCCAGCAGUUAAUUUCCUCAAAAACUGGUUCCAGGAGAAAACAUCAACAAGAACAGAAGAUGUCUGGAGCAAACCCCAGCUGGGCAAUCAAAAUAUCUGGUCCAAAGCUCAGAAGCCUAUCUCAAUCAAACAGGACCUCUGGUUCACAUCACCUAAGUCUGUUUGGACCAGCUAUCCUUUCCCCCCCUACAAUUACCCUUCCUACUACCAGAAGAAACCAUAUCAAGACUACCCCAUCUAUGUUCCUCCUGCUCCCAGGCCCAAACCCCAUUACUUCAUUGCAAAGCCGUCUCUCACUUUCAGCAACUUCCUCACGAAUUUUGUGGGUGAUGUAUACACUUUUCCUCCCAAAAGACGAUACAACAGCUGGGUCCAACCUAGGCAGAGAAAACCCCCUACAGGCCACCAGCAGAGGUCUCACUACAACAGUUACCCUCUCUCCUUGUUCCCCUGGACAUUUCAGCCAAUGCCCAUCCCCAAAGCGCAUUCCCUUCCAAGAAUCUAUUCUCAGCAGAAGCAGCUUUAUUACUCAGACACAGCACCUGCAGUGACAAGAAACAAAGAUCAUUAUGUGGCUGGAAAGCACCAAGACAUUAAUCACGAUAAUUUGGAGAAAUGCAUACAGCAGAUACUCAGGAAGAGGCCACACAUGAUAGACUAAGGACAGAGAGAAACA